CCAAUUUCCCCCUCUCUGCUCUCCUCAUUUCCUACCACCAGGCCAUUGGAACUUGCAAAAUCUCAACUGAACUUUGAAAAGGGCAAAAAAUAAAGAAAAAAACUUGUUCACCCACCUGAUAUGGAUGAUAGCUUUUCUGUGGAAUACUGGCAUAACGAUUUCUUUUGGCUCGACGCUCCCAUUUCUGUCCCCGUCCCCGCCUCCACCUCCGCUCCCGCGAGACAGAUAAGUGCUUUCGUACCAUAUCUAACUCGACCGGCUACCGGAUUGGGACAAGAAAACAAUCCAACAACUAGUGCUGCCGCCGCCACUGUCACCACCACCAGCAGCAGCUAUAAUUCUAGGAAUGUCAACAAGAGGAUGGUUGAGUAUUGGAGGAAACAUUGGCAUGAAAAGAAAGAACCAACUUCCCUAGGAGAUUUUGAGAGAGAAAAAUGUCACCGGCACAUGUUGAACGAGAGGAUGAGGAGAGAGAAACAGAAACAGAGUUAUUUGGCACUUCACUCCAUGCUCCCAAAAAAUACUAAGAAUGAUAAGAACUCGAUCAUUCAAAGCGCGACGAGAACAAUACAAGAAAUGAAAGCCUUAGAGAAGACUUUAAAGAGAAGGAACUUAGAGUUGGAGAUGGCAAUAGCAAGGAAGAAGAAAGAAAAGGAAAAAGGGACAACACCAAUAAUAAAUGUAGCAUUGUCCAACCCUUCUUGUGGGAUCAACUCGAUGCUGGCUGUUCUCAAUUUUCUCAAAACUGUUGGAGUAAAUUCCAAAGCCAUUCAUGCCACUUUCUUCAACUCUCAAUUUUCAGCCCAAUUAGCCAUUGAUACCCAUAUGGGAGCUGCCGAAGUAGAAAGAGCAUUGCAGGUGACGCUAGACGAAGCCGAAAGGAAAUUUCAAAGGCAAUGCAAGGAAGGAUCCAAAGAAAUAAAAGAAACCCAUUUUAAUUUUAACAAUAGUAGAGGGACCCACCAUGUGGGUCCAGAAUUUGAAAGCUAAAUAGCCAUGUGGACACGUGGGAAAUUAGAUAUAUUUUUUUAAUAUUGUUUUUGCGUGUCUUAUUGAAAAUAAAUAUUUUUAUUUUUCUUUUGCUAUAUUAUUGUGUGUCUUUGACUUGUACUUCUAAUCAUGUGGAAUUAA